AUUUCCCACCAGCAGGAGGCCUGGCUUCUGAGCUCAAAAGGCAGCUCCCAGAAUUAGAUCAAGCCGCUUUCUGGAGAGCCCCUCUCCAGCCCUCUCUGCACCUCAAGGAGAGGAGGAUAAGCCCCUCCAUCGUUUAGCCUCCUGGAGAAAGGCUGGAAGGUGCCCCUUACGAGGCUGGGCAGAAGCGAAGAGGAUUUCAUCCAGGUCCUGCAAAGAUGGCAGCCUCCCAGGAUCUGUAUGACACCCCUGGGGACAGGCUAGACGCUUUCGUGAGGCACAGCCUUCAGCCCCACGGGGACUGGAAGGAUGAAGUGAAGGAUGCCUGGCAGAGAAUCGAGCAGUUUCUGAGGGAUCAGUGUUUCCAUGAUGAGCUGAUUCUGGACCAAGAAGUCAGGGUGCUGAAGAUGGUGAAGGGUGGCUCUACAGGGAAGGGAACGACCCUGAACUACAGCUCCGACCUGGACCUGGUUCUGUUUCUGAGCUGCUUCUCCAGCUUCCAAGACCAGGCACAGCUCCGAGGAGUCAUCAUCAGCUUCAUUGAGCAGAAAUUGAUUCACUGUAGCAGAAGCUUAGCCUACAACAUCAGUGUGGCCCAGCACAGAAAAAGGACUGGCACUCCUCGCUCCCUGUCCCUCCAGGUCCAGUCCAGGAAGAAGAGUAGAGACAUUCGGGUGGACUUGCUCCCAGCUUUCGAUGCUCUGGGACCCUUUUGCCCAGACUCUAAACCAGUACCAAAAAUCUAUGAAGAUUUAAUAAUCAGCUCCGGCUGCCCUGGGGAGUUCUCACCCAGCUUCACAGAGUUGCAGAGGCACUUUGUAAAAAGCUGUCCUCCUAAACUGAAGAGUCUCCUGCAGCUGAUAAAGCACUGGUACCUGCAGCACUUGAAAUGUAAAUAUCGAAGAGUGGCAUUGCCCUCAAAGUAUGCACUGGAGCUGCUGACCAUCUAUGCCUGGGAAAUGGGAACAAACAAAAGUGAGAACUUUGACAUGGAUGAAGGGCUUGUAGCUGUGAUGGAACUCCUCAGAGAUUAUAAAGACAUCUGCAUAUACUGGACCAAGUAUUAUGAUUUCCAAAACGAUGUUGUCAAAAACCUUAUCAAACAACAGUUGAAGGAAUGCAGGCCCAUUAUCCUGGACCCAGCUGACCCCACCAACAACCUGGGAAGGCAAAAAAGAUGGGAUGUGGUGGCCCAAGAGGCUGUUUACUGCCUGCGGCAGGCUUGCUGCACAACUGUAGACCCUCUCGAGGGUUGGCACGUACAGCGAGCAAAGGACAUCCUGGUGACAGUGAAACAAACGGGGGAGGAGGCCUGGAUACUCUCAGUGAACCCCUACAGCCCCAUCUGGAAAAUGAAGGCAGAGAUCAAAAGAAAGUUUGGCUUCAUUGGACAGCAGCGUCUCUCUUUCCAAGAACCAGGAGGGGAGCGGCAACUUCUCAGCAGCCGGCUGACCCUGGCAGAUUAUGGGAUCUUCUCCAAAGUGAACAUCCGAGUGAUAGAGACCAUCCCUCCUGAGAUCCAGGUCUUCGUAAAGGACUCCAGUGGCCAGAGCAAACCUUAUGCCAUUGACCCUAAUGACUCUAUUCGCGACUUGAAAGGGAAGAUUGAGGAAGCUGGAGGACCUUGUGUGGAAAAUCAGAUACUGAAGUUCCACGGUCGGAAACUGUGGAAUCAUCGCAGCCUGGCAGACCUGCAGAUUAAAGACUGUGACACCAUCAUGCUCAUUAAGAAAAGCCAGGAUUAUGGAGAUUAUGCCAGGACAAGCAACCUGUACUGGGAGCCUGUGGUCUGGUUGCCCAUGAUGUAGACCCCUAUGGUACUAUUCCCUGACUCCACUCCUCUCUACCCAGACAUCUCUGCUCUUUCUGAAGCAUAAAUGUGAAGAUACCCUUUCCCUUGCUUAGAAUCCUCUGGUGGCCCCCCAGUAGAAUAAAGUUCAAGGUCUUUUGCUUGGCAUUUGAGAUAUUUGACCAUCUAGCCCUUAUUCAUUCCUCCAUCCCUUCCCUCCAUGUUCUCAUCUUUAAACACUCAAACUUCUAAGUUAUUAUUUCUCAAAGCAUGGACUAGCAGAAUCAGCAUUCCCUGGGAACCUCACAGAAGGGAAAAUUCUCAAAAAAAUUCCCAGAUUUAACUUGAGAUAGAUUCUCAGGUGAUGGAACCAAAAAUCUAUGUCAUAACAAGCUUCCUAAGUUAAUUCUGAUGCACAUUCAAGUUUAAGGACCACUGUUCUAAGCCUCACACAGCUGAUCACAUCAUCUUCUGCCCCUGCUUUCUCCCUACACCCAUGUCAGGCUUCUGUGCAAGCACCUGGAACUCUCAGUGUGUUCCUUUGUUGGCUCAUCCACCUCCCCAGCCUAAUAGACUUGACAAAACUGUGCCUCUUUCCUUGUGACCUUAUAGUCCUGAAUGGUACCUGCCUAGUACAAAUGCUUAGGACUUGCCUGUUGAAUAAAUGAAUAAACUAAUA